AUGAGCAACUACACCACAAUUAAGGACGGCAUAAUAGUGACCGACAAUGGGAUCCCUCCCCCAGAGAACUGGGUGAACUCCUACGAGGACAUGGGAGGAGACAUGCUUUGGGGUCAAGGUGGUCAAGUGGAGGAUGAGGUUCGUGGACGUGGCAUUGACGGGGACAUUAGGCCACACUAUGGCAUGGCACCCUACACUGGGGAGGCACUUUACCUCUUUGAGGUCGGCAGUAGCCAGUUCUAUUUCUUCAAUGCCAUAGAUGGGUCUAUGUUGCAGAUUAGGGGUCAGACGGAUCUGAGGAGCAUUGUGGGUAUUCUUGAUGAUGAAAACCAAGGCUUACCUGCACUGGAUAUUGAGGAAAUUUAG